UUGGCUCUUUUUAAUUUUUAUCUAAGAGUACUAAGUACCUACCUAAAAAAGAAGUUUCAUGUGUGGCUAUAGCCCUAUAAGCCACACCCGUGCGCACGCCUAUGCUUACAUAGCUACUAUUAAAAACUGGAACUGGCAGUGCCGCAAGUGGCCCGCAACUACCGCAGGUGCAGGCAGUGCAAGGCACCAGCUGAUGGCCCUCGCAAAAAAGUCUUAAAAAAUAUGAAGUAACGGAAGAAAUGACCGAAGAACGAGUCGACGAAGACAUUAAGUGGAUGUUGUUACCAAACGGACGAGGCGACCCACAAUUGGCUAUAAUAUCAGGCUUGGAAAAAAAUAGUGCAGCAGAACCAUUAGUCGAAAAUAUAAAAUUUUAUUUAUAUACAAGGGACAAUCCAACGAGAGCUGAAAUGCAAACUAUGGACAAAAACUGUUUGCCGAUAUUUAAAUACUUCCGUUCUCAGAGAAAAACGAAAGUAUUAGUUCAUGGUUUUGGCGAUAGCGCUGAGGAUUCUCUUAUGUUUCCAUUACUUAGAGAUGCAUUUUUGAACUACAACGAUUAUAAUAUAUUCACUGUUGAUUGGUCGGAACUGGCUGCUGUUCCUUGGUAUAAUUCUGCUGCAAAAAAUACUAAACACGUAUCAAAACAUUUGGCUUCUUUCAUAGACCAUUUAACAUCAUCUACUGAUGCUCGUACAGAUGAUUUUCAUUUGAUUGGAUUUUCAUUAGGAGCACAUGUUGUUGGUCUUACAAAUAACGAAUUAAAAUCUGGAAAAGUUAAACAUAUUACUGGGCUGGAUCCCGCGGAGGUACUGUUUUCUUCGUCAAGCCCUGAAGAACGGCUUGAUUAUAGCCAAGCAAAACUAGUCGAAGUCGUACACACGUCAGGAGGAUUUCUCGGAUUUAAAAAACGACUUGGGCAUAGGGAUUUUUAUCCCAAUGGUGGUGCCUGGCCUCAACCUGGUUGUAAAAUUGAUUAUGCUGCGGUAUGUAGUCAUCGCAGAGCGUACUAUUAUUAUGCAGAAGCAAUAACUAAAAGUGAAGGAUUUAUUGCUGUUCCGUGUCCUUCUUAUGAGGAUUAUACAUCAGGAGCUUGUUCAAAUAAUACAGAUCUAUCAGUACAAUUAGGGAAAGCACCUUUUGAUAAAUCAAAAGAAGGAAACUAUUAUUUAAUUACAAACUCAGAUUCUCCUUACGGUAAAGUAAGUAAACACUAGACAUACAAGUAGAUAAUCGUUGAUUAUAUUGCAUGUUGCUCGUUGCCAUAUUAUGACCAUAAAGUAUAAAACAUUGAGGCAACACAAAUUUAAAUAUUUUAUUUACACAAUUAAUAAUUUAUGUAAUUUAAAUAAAUAAUGUACCUACCUACUGUAAUA